UCAAUGGUUUUAUUGAUUGAUAAUGCAGUAAUAAACAUACAUGAUACGUGAUAUUGACUGCGGGUACCAUAGAAAAUAGAAACAGUUUCGCUUGAUGAGCAUUCUUCGAGCUGGCCAUUAAUUUGACUUACGCUAUUCCAUCCACAGUGAAAUCUAAAUUAUAAAACGGACAUUUUAUUAGUCAAAACAUUCAUUAAUUUGCACACGUAGGCCAUUGCUAGAAUAUGCCGAUAACUGUGCUUAUCGAUUGGGUUCUUUUAACAUAUAGUUUUUGUAUCCACUUUCUAUCGGUAAAGUAAACGGCCGUUGGUUAACUAGAUCUCUACACUAAUCUACACGACGGUAUUUCGAUGCAUCGAGUAGAAUAUCAAUUUGGUAGUAAUUUUCUAUCUACGACGCCGUGAAGUAACAGAAAAAAAAGAAAUUCAUUGCUACCGGGAAUCGUGAAUGCUUUAACUCUUUCACCUCUACCUAAGGAAAAAUAAUCAAAUUAACAUAAACCAUGAACGACCAGAAGAUGAACAAUGUCUUGCCUCAGGGCCGAGAAGCUUGCUUCGUUAAUGAAGUUCUCGAUUCCGUUGAAAUUUGUGCAGAUAUCAGGAAGUACUGAAAGAAAUGGAUUAAUUUUUAAUGAAUUGAGAGAAAACGCAGCCGCAAGUCCCGUUAUUUUCCAUUUUUCACGACAUUCAGUUGGAAAAAUGUCUUCGUUGUCUGUGGAGCCUGAGAGGGAGCCCCAAGAAGAACCGACGGAAAGUAAAAGGUGCCAGGAUGACGUCGAAGACAGUCGAACCAGUGCUAACGAGGAAGCGUCUUCGAAACCAGCUGCCACUGCAGCUAAGAAUUCUGAAAAGGACGAGAAGGAGCGUGCAAGUAAAAAGAGAAAAUUACCCCAAGAUUCGGAUCCAGCACAUUCUGAAGUAAAAAUUGCCAACACCGAUACCGGACAAGAAGGCUCAGUUCAGAAUACCAGCGUUCCGUCAGAUCUAUCAACUGGUACCAGCAGGAACUCUGGCGAAUGUACACAGACUGAGAAGAGUUUAAACAAUUCUGCAUUGGUUGCAGAUCAUUAUAACGCUAUUACAGACAAAGGUCUUUCAUUCCGAUCUCAAAGCCGAAUAGUAUACAUGAGAAAUUUCAAUAACUGGAUUAAAACGAUGCUUAUAAAUGAGUAUCUAAACAAAAUACGUCAGGAGAAGAUGCUACACGGUUCUCCCUUAAAAGUAUUGGACAUGUGCUGUGGAAAAGGUGGUGAUCUCCUAAAAUGGCAUAAGGCCAAUAUUAGCCAUUUAAUUUGUGCAGACAUAGCUGAAAUUUCAGUUGAACAAUGCCAGAAUCGCUAUAACGAACUAGUAGGACGAUCUUCAAAUGACAGAGGAUUUGCUCCUGUUUUUACAGCAGAAUUUAUAACGGCGGACUGUACAAAGGUCCGGUUAAGAGAGAAAUACAAGGAUGCCAGUACACAGUUGGAUCUUGUAAGCUGUCAAUUUGCAUUCCAUUACAGUUUCGAAUCACUGCCGCAAGCUGAAUGCAUGCUACACAAUGCAAGCGAAAGUCUAAGGCCUGGUGGCUACUUCAUUGGAACUUUACCAGAUGCAAAUGACUUAGUUUGCCGGUGGAGGAAGACAGAAGGUAACAAGUUUGGCAAUGAUAUUUACUCUGUGGAAUUUCUGGAUGAUAAUAAAGAGAAACCACCUCUAUUCGGUGCAAAAUAUAACUUUCAUUUGGAAGGUGUUGUGGACUGUCCCGAGUUUCUCGUCCAUCUUCCAACUUUACGCAAAUUAGCUCUAAAGUAUGGUCUCGAGUUAGUGAUGUUUGAAAGAUUCGAAGACUUUUACGAACGAAUAAAAGACGAAGGGAGAUCCCUUCUUGGCAAGAUGCAGGCUUUGGAGACAUAUCCUCCUUACCACGAAGCACCCUUACUUGGUCAAAUUCCGAAUGACUAUCAACACGCGGUACAGUAUAUGCAAAGUUCAACUGGACACCGUAAAAUUGGUACCCUUUCCCAGUCCGAAUGGGAAGCCACAACCCUCUAUGCAGUAUUUGCCUUCCAAAAAAUGAAGUCAACGUGGAAUGCAGAGGGGAAACAGGAGUACGUUAAAUUAUAACAAGGAAUCUUUUUGAAUGAAUGCCACGAUACAUAAGGCAAAAGCAGUGCAAACCCAAAACUCUUAUGGUCACUGCUUUUUGAUUGUACAAACUAUUUUGUUACCGUAAGAAUUGCAUAGGUAAUCUAAUGUAGUAUACGAAGAUCUUCGGAAUCUUAAACGCGAAGAACUUUUAAUCAUGUGAAAACCGAUCGGUGUUACUUUAUCCCACUGUACCAUAUAAUUUUAUUCGGAAUAUAACUUGUCGGAAUAAAACGGUUUGAUUGGAUUUUCUUAAGACCUGAGUUUUGUGUACUGUGAUGAAUAAAUGUACCGACUUUCUUAUUAGUAUAAUUGUUCCAUGUAUCUUUUGCUCCCCUUGAGACCAACAUUUUCUUUAAUUUUAUGCUUGUAGUACACCCGAACGAUUUAAAACGUGAACAUUAUCCUCGAACUUGAAAACUAAAGAACUUAACCUCAUAAAAAUCCACUCUCUGGUAAAGCAAUAACAUGUAAAUCAAAACUUCCUCUUUUAUAAAAGAAAUGUUAAAUCGAAAUUUAUAAACUUGAAAUUUAUCUCUAAACAAUUAAAAUAAACUCAAUGAGGUUAUAAUUCUUAUACGUUCUUGCUCUCGUAACCACGUGUUCUGCCUUCUAAAUUAUUGCACAAAGUUCGAUCGUAAAGUUAAAAGAAUUAUCGCAAAUGGGAUCAAGAAUACGUUUACAUUUCCCUUCGCAUAAAUAUCUACUCCUUAAAAUUCAAUUCCUUGCAAGAUCCUUAUAAACAUAAUUGAUAAAAAAAAAAUUAAAAUCAUAUUCCGUCCAUAACUCCACCACCUCAGUCGCCACGUUUCCUUCUCGACAUAGUUAUCAAGCGUAAUCAUUUCCUUCUCAAUCGUGAAACAUUUUCUGCCGCCUCUUGACCGUUGAAUUUCGCAAAUUGUGAGAUCCUGUUUCCCUUUAACCAGAAACGGUAAACAAUUCCUUUAUCAUCGAAAGUUCCAGCCGCGUGGAGCAAGUUCCAAUCCUGCUCUCCAUCCGCGAUUCGACGAGACGAUGACCGCCAAAAUGGCCGCCCCUGAACCUUAUCGCACACAUCAGCCUAAUCAUUCAAUGCGAGAGGUGAGAGCGAACGUCGCCCGAGAGACUCCUGUGCUUUCCCAGCAUCGCGGCGUCCUCGUCUCUCUCGUUACUACAGCGAGGACGAGAGAGACGAUCCGGUCUCUCGGUCAGCGACCUGAGUAGCCGCGUGAGUUAACCUCUCUGCGCGGCGAAGUCGCUGUCCCUCGCGUGCGCGCGGGCGACUGCGCAGCCGCACUUCCGGCGAGCGCCGACAGAGGGUGACGCAUGCGCAGAGACCGGUUUCGAGCACUUAGACGCCAGCGCAAAGAAACGGCACUCGGGAGCGGAGAGAGAUUGGUUGGUCGGUGCGGUGCGAGUGCGCCCGGCGUAUGCGUGUUCAUACGUGUUCGUCCGUGCAGGUCGGAGCCUUGAGUGUGUACCUCCGCGUGGUCGAGUGUGCGCGUCGUUGUGUUCCACGUUCUCUGGGGUCUCUGGCUCACUCUGCCCGUGGAACGCUCUCACCUCGGCCGCCGGAGUCUACUUCUCAGUCGCGUUCGCUGGCAGGACGAAAUGGAUAUCGAGCAGGCGACAACGCGACCGAGUCCGGAGUUGG